CUCAGUGAAAUUCGUUUUGGUCUGACUCGUGUAAGUGGCCCUAAGAAGAAUUUGCUGUGAAUCGUCCGGUCUGAAGUAGAGAUUUUUUUGCGAACGUACCUUCUCACCUUUCUGUUCGUAGAAUCCAGCUAUGGCGCAGCCUUAUUUAAGUGAAAUGCCCCAAGUCUGCGGAGUGCCUGGGACUCCAGCAGUACAGAAUCACUUCGACGUCAAUGCUGCUGUCCGGGCGCGUGCAGGCGUUUAUAUUCACCGGGUGAAAAGACUGAAAGCGGAAGGGGUCGCUGUGGCGGACGAAAUUCUCUCUUUGGCAAUGGAAAACGAGGGAAGGGCUGUGAACCCUUUUGGGGACCUCGGUGUAGCCGCGCAGCUGCAGCAGCUAAACCAUGAUAUAAUGCAGGAAUUCCAAAACGUACAAGGGCGCCUGGACAACCUACAAAACAACCUCGGAGACCGCCUGGACAACCUCGGAGAACGUCUGAUUGCCAGCAGUAAUAACCAGAGCAUCCGCAUACAGAACAUGCGUGCUACCGACGAGUCACACAGGCUACUUCCUCUUCAGAGAGAGGCCGCGGUGCCCAACCCCCCUCCGGCAGGGGCGGGUGCAGUUGGGGAAAGUCCAGUGGUGAUGCACGAGAUUCAGGCAGGGGUAUUACAGGGCAUCUUCCCGCGCAACAGAGAGGAGAUGGGUGUGCUGACUCCAGAUGAUAUGACUGCUCUUGAAACCUUCUAUGGGCGAAACCCUGGUGGUGGCAUUCGAGCCAGACGGAGAGAUUUUGCAAUUUUCAUUGGUACUCUUCCUCCAUGAAAGCAGUCCAUCAGCGAGGUAUGUUUUAUAUUGAACGCUAUUUAGAGGGUGGACAAGAAACAAUGGUCUCAAUGAGGGUGUGUUCAGCAAGACAUACACCAUUUUGGAGAGCUGUAUAGCAAUAGCACUAGAGAAUGCUGUAAUUGCCAGAGGAAGUGUCAUACAUGUGAAGCUCUACGUAGAGUAUACUAGAGCGUAGUAAGCAGACAUGUCCAGAUGUGACCAUUACGGACAGUGUGCAGCACAUUAUGUGAUGGUGUGCAUCAGAAUCUGCAACAAGAAACAGUCACUAUCAUGUAUACAACAGUGUAAGUGGGGAUGUGCAUAC